CCCUAUCCUAUUCAGUAUUCACCCCACAAAAUACCACCGAAAAAAGCAAAUCCAUUUCCCACUUUCUUCAACCCUUCAUAAUUACCAACGACUACAUUACACUCAACUCUCUCUCUCUGGUUGGAGAGAGCAACCAAAAGUUAGCUCAUUCUAAAGCAAAACCCAGCCCACCGAUUUAUUUUUUCAAUUUUCCAGCAAAUCCACACUGAAUUGAUUCGAUUCGUUUCGGACGUUAAUUUGGUCCACAAAUGUCGUCGCCGGCGCCGGGGUCCGCCCCUCCUCCCACCAACACCACCGCUCCACCGCCCGCCGCCACCUCACCUCCUCCAACCACCACUCCCUCUCCGCCGCCGAAUCCGCCAGCAACCGCGCCGCCCCCGGCUCCGACAGCUCUCCCUCCGUCUACGCCUUCCACCCCACCACCCUCCACCACCCCAUCGCCUCCCGCCCCAACAGUCCCGUCUGGAUCCCCUCCGUCGCCGCCAUCUCCAUCCGGCGGCGGCUCCUCUCCCUCACCACCCAAUAGAGGAACCCCACCGGCGCCGCCGACCAGGGGCGUCCCCCCCCCUGGCUCGUCCGGGUCGAAUCCGUCUCCGCCGCCUUCUAAUGAUGACCCCGCGAUUUCGAUGGGGAUGGUGGUUGGGAUUGCUGUCGGAGGCGUCGCAUUGCUAGUGAUACUCAGCUUGAUGUUUAUAUGCUGCAAGAAGAAGAGGAGAAGACAGCAGCCUGAGUAUUAUGUGCCUCCGCCGCCUCCUGGCUAUAAAGCUGAUCCCUAUGGUGGCCAGGUACAGAAUUGGCAACAGAAUGCUCCACCACCACCUCCUCAUCAUGUUGUUACAAUGCCUCCUAAGCCUACUCCCCCGCCCGGUGGUGCUUCGAGGCCUCCACAUUCGCCAGCGCGUGCUCCUUCCCCUCAGCCUCCUCCUCCUCUGCCUUACAUGAGCAGCAGUGGAGGUUCCGGUUCCAAUUAUUCGGGCCCUGAGACUCCGCUCCCGCCGCCUUCACCUGGAAUGGCAUUAGGCUUUUCUAAGAGCACAUUCACAUAUGAAGAGCUGGCAAUGGCAACAGAUGGAUUCUCAGACGCCAACCUGCUUGGACAAGGCGGUUUCGGUUAUGUGCAUAGGGGAGUCCUUCCGAACGGUAAGGAAGUUGCGGUUAAGCAGCUGAAAGCUGGGAGUGGGCAAGGGGAGCGUGAGUUCCAGGCCGAGGUUGAGAUCAUUAGCAGAGUGCAUCACAAGCAUCUUGUCUCGCUGGUUGGAUAUUGCAUCGCUGGAAUUCAGAGAAUGCUUGUCUACGAGUUUGUUCCAAACAAUACCUUGGAAUUCCACCUUCAUGGCAAGGGAAGACCGGUGAUGGAUUGGGCAACGAGGUUGAAGAUUGCUCUAGGUUCAGCAAAAGGACUUGCAUAUCUGCACGAGGAUUGUCAUCCAAAGAUUAUCCAUAGGGAUAUCAAGGCUUCUAAUAUUCUUCUGGAUUUCAACUUUGAAGCAAAGGUUGCAGAUUUUGGUCUUGCAAAGUUUACUUCUGAUGCCAAUACUCAUGUCUCAACAAGAGUGAUGGGUACCUUCGGGUAUCUGGCUCCAGAGUAUGCUGCCUCGGGAAAGCUUAGUGACAAGUCCGAUGUAUUCUCCUAUGGUGUUAUGCUUCUGGAGUUGAUCACUGGACGCCGGCCUGUUGACUCAAAUCAAACGUACAUGGAUGAUAGUUUAGUUGACUGGGCUAGGCCUUUAUUGACUCGUGCCCUUGAUGAUGGGAACUUCGAGUCUCUUAUUGAUAGAAGACUGGGAGCUGAUUAUAAUCAGAAUGAGAUGGCUCGCUUGGUGGCAUGUGCUGCUGCCUGUGUCCGUCAUUCUGCAAGGCGUCGCCCAAGAAUGAGCCAGGUGGUGAGGGCCUUAGAAGGAGACGUAUCGCUAUCCGACCUGAACGAAGGAAUCAGACCUGGACACAGCAGUAUGUACAGCUCCCAUGGAAGCUCAGACUAUGAUACCGCACAAUACAACGAGGACAUGAAGAAGUUCAGGAAAAUGGCACUGGGCAGCCAAGAAUAUGGAAGCAGUGGCCUAUACAGCAACCCGACAAGUGAAUACGGGUUGAACCCGUCGGGCUCAAGCAGCGAAGGCCAACACACAAGAGAAAUGGAGAUGGGAAGGAAGAAAGACGGUCAAGGUUUCAGCAGUGGGGCUUGACACUCCCACUCCUGCUCCUGACCAUCUAAUUCCCUUUAACAUCAACAGUGUAUUUUCAUGCAAAUAUUUCAAGGAUUGCAUGUUUUUCAUUUCCAUUUUCCAAAUUAUUGAUUUUUUGAAAUUCUUUUUAUUUUUCUGGGUAUUAAAUUGUAUUUAUAAAUAGUUCAUACGCACAACUCACAUUGGAUUUUUAUAUUGUUUUAUGUUUGAAUUUUUCUAUCAAGGUUUUGAGUGUACAGAGUGGAAGAUGUUGCUUGUGUAUAUGUGAAUGGAUAUAUAUGGUUGACAGUUGGGUUGGAAAA